AUGGCCGUGCCCGGGCGCCUCCCGCUGCUCUCCUCCUCGUGCCUUCUCCCAGCAACCAGGGCUGCGUGGACACGCGAGGACGUGGUGGAGAAGUGGGCCAUUCCAGGCCAGCUCGCUCGCUCCACCAUUGCCUGCUCACGUCCAGGACCCUGCGGCUUCCUGCGGGCGCGGCUGCUGUGGGCGCGGAGCCGCGAGGCGGAGCCGGGCCGCCGAGCCGGAGCCCCGAGCCGGGAGCGCGUCGGGCCAGCCUCGGGCCGCGCCGCCGCCCAGCAGCCGCCCCGCGCGCCGCGCUCGGGAACAAAGGCGCCCGCCGCCGCCGCCAUGAAGCCGGGGCCGCCGCACCGCGCCGGGGCCGCCCACGGGGCAGCAGCGGGGAUCGGGGCCGCGGCCGGGCACGGCGCCCGCGGGCUGCUCCUGCCGCCGCUGCUGCUGCUGCUGCUGGCCGGCCGCGCCGCGGGGGCUCAGCGCUGGCGCAACGAGAACUUUGAGAGGCCCGUGGACCUCGAGGGCUCUGGGGAUGACGACUCCUUCCCUGAUGAUGAGCUGGAUGACCUCUACUCAGGGUCGGGCUCAGGCUACUUCGAGCAGGAGUCGGGCAUUGAGACAGCCAUGCGGUUCAGCCCGGAUGUGGCCAUGGCAGUGUCUACUACAGCUGCAGUGCUGCCCACCGUGGACAUCCAGCCCGUGGGCACCCCGUUUGAAGAGCUCCCAUCUGAGCACCCCACCCCGGAACCAGCCACCAGCCCCCCAGUGGUGACAGAGGUCCCAGAAGAGCCCAGUCAGAGAGCCACCACCAUCUCUACUCCCACGGCUCCCACGGCCGCCACGACGGCGGGGGCCCUGACCAUGGCCACGGUGCCCGCCACGGUGGCCACUGCCGUCCCCAGCAUCCCUGCGGCACCCCCUUCCACGGCCACCACCUCUGUCAUAAGGACCACCGGCGUACGGAGGCUCCUGCCUCUCCCAUUGACCACGGCAGCCACGGCCCGGGCCACCACCCCAGCGGUGCCUUCCCCUCCCACCACGGUGGCUGUCUUGGACACAGAGGCCCCAACACCCAGGAUGGUCAGCACAGCUACCUCCAGGCCGAGGGCCCUUCCCAGGCCGGCUACCACCCAGGAGCCUGACCUCCCCGAGAAGAGCACCUUGCCCUUGGGGACCACGGCCCCUGGCCCCACGGAGGUGGCUCAGACCCCAACUCCGGAGUCCGUCCUGACCACGAUCCGGGAUGAGCCCGAGGUGCCAGUGAGCGGGGGGCCCAGCGGGGACUUUGAGCUGCCGGAGGAGGAGACCACACAGCCAGACACAGCCAAUGAGGUGGUGGCCGUGGGCGGGGCUGCAGCCAAGCCGUCACCUCCGCCGGGGACACUGCCCAAGGGUGCGCGCCCUGGCCCGGGCCUCCUGGACAAUGCCAUCGACUCCGGCAGCUCAGCUGCUCAGCUGCCUCAGAAAAGCAUCCUGGAGCGGAAGGAGGUGCUCGUAGCUGUGAUUGUAGGUGGGGUGGUGGGCGCCCUGUUCGCUGCCUUCCUAGUCACGUUACUCAUCUACCGCAUGAAGAAGAAGGAUGAAGGAAGCUACACCCUGGAGGAGCCCAAGCAGGCGAGCGUCACGUACCAGAAGCCCGAUAAGCAGGAGGAAUUCUACGCCUAGCGGAGCCACAGUGCCUCCCGUAGCUCAGCAUCACCCCUCUGCCUAGCCCCCAGCCUGGCCCCACCAGCCCUGGCCUGGGACUGGGCCCGGAAGGGAGCCUGGCCCUGCUCAUCUCUGCCCGCCCUCCCAAGGUCUGCCCAGACUGCCAGCCUCUCACAGAUCUUGCCUGAGGGCCUGUGGGUACUGCCAUCUGCCCUAGACUGUGCCCUUACGAGCUCAUCUCGGCCUCCCUGCUCUCCCCGCAAUCAGCCAGCUUCGGGACCUCGUGUCAGCUGGACAGGAGGAAGGAAGCUCUGGAUUGGCUGCUGGGAGGAGGGGUGGGGCUUGAGAUGGGCUUGGGCCCUGACCUGUCCCCACAGGGCCGGCUGAGGUCUCCUUCCGGAGGUCGAGAGGCACUCAGGCUGGCUCCCAGGACUAGUGUUUGGCAGGCUCAGCCCCUGAAAUCACUGAAGACACUGCAGCCUCUCACUACUGUCCCAGGGCUCCUCUGCCCAGGAGAGUGGGGACUUCAUGCUGCCAGCCUGGUUUUGUCCUGGUCUUUCUGGGGUUGUGGGGUCCUCUCCCCCUCAUCCCUGCCCUGUGCACAUGUUCCACAGGCCUCACCUUCAUCCCCGUCCGCCCCUAAGGAACUGACUUCCUGACAGUGCCCUGGCCACCACUGGCGAGAGGGGCUGGGACUUCCCUCUUGUGAGUGGGCUCUGCAUAGACCCCAUGUCCCACACGGUCACACGUAAUGUCACACACAAAGACAGAAGCAGGCGAUGACCAAAUCAUAUGCAGUCCUGACCACCGAACCCAUGUAGACCCGUCACAGACAGACAUUCUUCCAAAGAUGCUGAUUCUCACGUGUUUCUCACGCCCCCUCCCCUCCUAAUGCUCAUGACAAUGCAAGUCACCAGACAUCCCCACCUGCUGGUGCGGCCUGCCCUUCUCUCGGCCUCCCCCCACGUACACUGUGGCACCACGCAUGUUGUCUCCAGCUUUCCGGCUCACUGGGGAGGGUGGAGUCAGGCUGGAGCAAUCAGCCCAUAUUGGGUUCCCUGAACUGCCCUGUCACACUCGGUCCCUCGCCACGAUGCCAACACCAACCACAUUGCCACCAACCCUGGCCUGUCAGAUACAAUCCCGCGUGGAUGCACAAUCUUCCCCCACACAGCCCUGCGCUCGCACUGGAGGAGAAUGCUGGGCACAUACUGCCUUUCCCAGAAUCCCAGAAUACAGGUGUGGCACGGAGGGGAUGGGCUACACGCCCUCUGGGGCACUGCACAUCGUUGAGGCCUGCUUCCCUCCCCUCUGCAGCCCCCCAGGGCGGUAGUCCAGGGCCCUGGACUCUCUGGGAGCCUUGCUGAGAAAGGCAGGCUGCUUCCUGGAAUGCGGCCCCGGGCUGGGGAGGGGGCUGGGGUCUCCCAGGACCGUUAAGCCCUGGGCGGGGAGGGCGUGUGGCCUGGCUCCUGGUCUCCCUGUGUCCCCCUUCUGCUCUGAGCUAGGGGCCGACUCUGCCUCCCAGGACACAAGUCCCCAAAGUGCCUGCGAGGGUGGGCCCUGCCGCCCGGGCCUCCUGCACCCUCUCCUCCGGGCCUGCGAGGCCCAUCUCGGUCCCACCCUGGGGCCUUUCCCGUGGACACUCACCCACUCAUUGGCCAAACCACCUGCUGGUUCUCCCGGGUGCAGCUGGAAGCAGCCCUUGCAGACACACUGCCCCAGGCCCGGAGCAGAGAGCAGGUGGGGGCGGGGGUGCCGCAGGCCUCAGCCUGCCUCCCCCUUCUUUGUCACCUUUGCAGGGGGCGCCGCUUCUGUAGAUAUUUUAAACUUGGGGCUGCAAAUCUCCUUUGGGGCGGGUGUGCUUGGUGGAGGCUCCUGAAGCCCCGGGAUGUGGCCUGAGUUGUGGUUGGCUGGUGCUCACUCCCCCACCCCUCUCCUUCAACCCAGAUUAAAGUCAGGAACCCAGCUUUUAUUUCUGUUCCCUUUUCAAGACUCCCUGGCAGCAGACUUCUGCAGGGUGAGGGGUAGGGGUGCCUGAGGUGUUGAGGGCGAGCUUCCAGGGAACUUGCACACCCUGUCUUUUCCACCAUCCUACUUCCAGCCCGGGGCUCUGUCCUUUAGACUCUGUGUCCCCCUGGGUAGGGCCUCAAAGCUUGCAAGGAGCCCAGCCUUUGAAGGGGGCAGGAGUGAGGGGAGGCACUCUGGGCCUGCAAUCUAUUGAAGGUGAGGUGACCUGGCCUCAGUCAUCCCUGGAGCAGCAGGGCUGGGGAGGGGGAGACCAAAGCACUGGCCUCCCUCUACCCUGCUCCCUGGCUGGCUGCUGUCUUGGGGCUAGUGGCUCUGGUGACGAGGCCUGGGCAGGCCAAGGCUGAAAAGCCAGGGAGCAUGGAGGAGAGAGGACGUGAACCCAGGGAGAGUGGGCCUGGGGUAGGAGACCCCUUCAGGGGCUGGAGCCCACCCUGGGGGUGGGGGGCCAGCAAGGAUGGAUGAGCUGGGCUGGGUCUGGCUGGAAUGGGCUCGGAGUGGUCUGUGUGGGUCUAGCCGGGCCCAGGGGGCCUGACUCCCCAUAUCCCAAGGCCUGGCUUCUAACUUGGGGCUUUGCCUCCUGGCACGGACCCCUUCUCUCUGUCCUUAGCAUUUGAGAGAAGAGGCCAAGGGCCUUGUUUUUGGAGUCCUGGACCUGAGACAAAGACCCAGGCUUGAUCCCCUGGAAACUGAACACAGUCUGACUAGCCCAAAUCCACUCUGGCCAGCCUAGUUCGGGCAGGGUGGUCCAGGAGAGAGGUCGGUUAAAGGAUGAGCUGGAGCUCUCCUAGGUGCAAUGUGUGUGCGGGGCUCUCACCCAGCCUGGGCACGAGGUGUGAUGCGUGCAGGGCCUGCCCAGAUAGGUCCCAGGGUGUCCUGCAGGGCCCUGGCAUUUCCUGGAAGCAGGGCAAAUUCCAAAGGGGAGGGAGUUUAUGCGGCUUGAGAAUGUCUCUGGGGCCUCAGCUGCCAGGGAGGGCGGCUGGGGCCUCUGGAGGUGGGGUUUGAGCACACCCUCCAGCUGUGACUUUUAGAACCCAGACUCUGUCUCCCUAGGAGGUCAGAGGGGGUUCCUCUCCUGAAAGGUUUGUCCCCUUGAACCUUGGACGUGGAUGGCUGGUAACCAGGGCUGGAUGGGGUUGGGUGGGUCAGCGGGCAGUGGCUUGGGGUGCUUGGGCCAGACGCCGCCCUGGGGUUGGCAAAGCCACCUGUCCAGGCUUCCGGGCGGGGGUCCUGGGCGCAGGAAGGAGGCCCACCUCUGCCUCUUGGGCAGGGCAGGAGUGGCCACCACUUCCUCGGCUCUCUUGCAUUUCUCCUGACAGCCACCACCCCGGACUCGCUUCCUCAGGCCGCCUGCCUGUAAAUAGAAGCCCACAAACUGUACAGAUUUACAGAGAUGCCAAGCCCGGGUCCUGGGAUUGCCGUCUAAGGGCUGAUGGUUCCAGCAUCCCCCAGGUGCCCACCUGGCAGCUCAGCGCGCCCAGCCCCAGCGUGGCAAAUACAUGUAAAUAUUUUUCGUAGGCAGUGUGGCUCCAGAGAGCCCCCUGAAGACAGUGUCCCUCCUGUGCGUCCUUUCCCCUGUACAGAGCCCUCCAAGAACCCGGCCUGGGCCGAACGGGCGCUUGUCCUUUCCUCCCCCGGGCCUUUCCUGCCCUUUCCCCCAUAACCCGUUUAUUAACCACACCCGUCCUGAGUUCAUGGCCAAAUCUCUAAGGAAAAGUGGAGGGGAAAGACUGGAAAAAGAGGCCCAGGUGCCUGCCCCGCCAUGGGUACUCACCUGUCCCAGCCUUGUGAAGGAGCUGUUUGGGUUUUUUUUGUUUGUUUGUUUCUGUUUUUUGUUUGGUUGUGUUUUGUUUUGUUUUUUUAACACUUCCCGUGCUGUGCCCAUUUAUAAGAGGAAAUAAAAUUAAGCUGAAAUGA